AUGAAGAGUGUAAUCAGGUACCCGCAUGCUGACACGCUGACGUGCGUGUGGAUGUGUACGUGGGGCUUUCCACAGCAGCUCGGAGUACGUACUCGGAGCCAUGGCGACAGCAGUUGAGGCAGAAAUAUUUAUCUCCGUCGUGGACGGUUUGAUUCAGGUUUAACUUACGAUAAGCAUACGUAAGUUAUUUUAACCAGAUAGUUAUUAUGUCAAACUCCAGCUGGUCACCACUCAAAGGCCAUUCCUGAGACGAGACUUGGAUAUAUUGCACCAGAUGGAGUGGGAGUCAUCAGAUGACGGUCUGGGAGCAUUAAUGGACAACCCCCCUCACUUUUCGGAAUCUCCUCAGUCGAAUCCCUCCACCACCAUCCUCUCAGAACAUGAAGUCUCAUGCCACUGUUGCUACGACAUCUUAGUGAACCCCACCACCUUGACCUGCGGCCAUAACUUUUGCCGACACUGUCUGGCUCUGUGGUGGGAGUCCUCUCACAAGAAUGAGUGUCCAGAGUGCCGGGAGAAGUGGGAAGGCUUUCCUAAAAUCAACAUACUGCUGAGGGAUGCAACUGACAAGCUGUUCAGUGAGGUCGUUGAGCGGAGAAGAGCAGAGAUCCAGAAUAACCCCAAAAUCUCCCGGAGUUUGCUAGCCUUUCAGAGGUAUGGUGACAACUUGGGAAGAUCCAAGACAAACCAGCACAAAGGAGCAGGCUUCUUCUUCUCUGGAGUCCUGACUGCACUCACAUGUGUGGCUGUGAUGGUGCUGGUGUAUCACUGGAGCAGUGGUGUGGUGGAACAGCAUCACCUGCUGAUAAGUAAACCCGUGUCUCACUGGACGACGGAGGAAGUUGUGUCCUGGCUGGAAAACUUGGGGCCCUGGGCCCAGCUUUACAGGGAACCCUUCCAGCAGGAGAACGUCAAUGGGAGGCUACUUUUGAUGCUGGGGGAGGAAGAGUUGUUAAAACCUCCUUACAGCAUCGAAAACCAGGCUCACCGACGGGCUGUUUUGGCAGAACUGGACAGAGUUAAAGCCCUUGGAGUCAAACCUCCGCAGAACCUUUGGGAAUACAAGGCUACUAAUGCAGGGAAGUCACUGUUCUUGCUGUAUGCACUGAAGCGCUCCCCUCGUCUCACAAUCUUCUAUUUGUAUUUGUUCGACUACUCUGAAACCUUCCUGCCCUUCCUGCACACCUGCUGUCCGGCAAUCACACACAUUGGACACUCAGUGGAGAGCAGCUUCCUCAACACACAGUUGGAGCCUAGUUGGCGACAGUGGGCAGAGUUUCUUGUAAAGUACCUUCUACUUCCAUACCAGCUGAUAGCAGAGUUUGCUUGGGACUGGCUGGCCGUCCACUACUGGACAUCACGCUUCAUUAUUGUUAACGCCAUGCUGCUGUCUGUGCUGGAGUGCUGCGCCCUGUGGAGACUCUGGACAAGAGUCAGAAUCAGGUCUCUGCCGCGCAGGAUGUGGGACCACAUGUGGAAGAUGUUAUCUCAGGGGUUUGCUUUCGCCCUCCUGUGGCCUUUUGUCCCUCAGUUUGUGUGCAACUGCCUCUUCUACUGGGCUCUCUACUUCAGUCCCAUCAUUAAUAUAGACCUGGUGGUGCAGCACCUAAUGCACCCAGAAACACAGGCACUGUAACAAACUGCAUGCAGUCAUUGCCCAAUUAAUGCCGUACAGCAGAGAUCUUCAACAGGGGGUCCAGGGCCCCUAGGGGGGGGGUCCUCAGAGUUACUGCAGAGUGGCCACCAAAUUAUUGUUAAUAUUUUGAAAGUCUUUUCAAAAAUGAAAAAUGUCUUAACACGAGUCCAACAUAUUA